ACCGUGUUGUGGUGAAGGGAGGGGCAGGGAGGGACGGAGGGAGGGAGGGAGGGAGGAUAUGGAGAGAGGAGGUACAUCCGCGGUGCAUGGACCGUUGCCGAAGAGACCAUCGACUGCUCUUAGCCAAAGGGGCAAAAGUCCCGCGCGGCGUCCUACAGAUGGAGGAGGAGGAGGAGCAGGAGGAGGAAGUCCGUUGUCGUCAACAACAAGUUCCAGACUUGGCUCCUCCCUUACUAGAGGGGCUAGCAAAGGCCAAUCAGAUAAGGCGGAGGUUAAAGGGCAUGCAGCUGGGCAUGGAGUAGGAACAGAGAAUAGGAAAGGUAUGGACAACCACAGCCACAAGUCCUCCACCAGCUCAGGGCAUGCUGUGGGCAGCAACAGUAAUCGCCCACUCUUCUCUCGUGUGCCUGUGAAUGGCGAUGGGGUUUCGUUAGGCAGCGGACGCAGCAGCAGCAGGGUGGGUAGUUCUCUCACAAAGUCGUCUUCCUCUGUCAGAGAUGCCGGUCUCUCUCGGGCGGCACAUUCUGCAGCUCAGUCUGCCAUUCGCUCUCCCGCGCAUUCUGCCGCCUCCAGGUCGGACAAUGGGACGGCCAAUGGCAACAAGAUGACAACGAGGGAGACUAAAACCGCCGCCAUUGAGCACGACGAGCCACCAAGAAAUGGCAAUGCUUCCCCUCCUCCUCCUCCUCCUCAUCUUCCUCUUCCUGCUGUCCGGAGCGCAUCCGCGGAGGUAGUUACGAAUGGCGCGAAAGACGCGGGAGUAGUUGCGAAUGGCGGGAAAGACGCGGGAGUAGUUGCGAAUGGCGCGAAAGACGCGGGAGCAGUUGCGAAUGGCGCGGAAGAUGCGGAAGAAGAUGGAGGAGAGGGAUGCGAGAGGCUUUCCAGUCCGAAUGGGAAGUUAGGGGGAGCUGUGAAUGGCGCGAAAGACGCGGGAGCGGUUGCAAAUGGCUCGAAAGAUGCGGUAGCAGCAGCGAAUGGCGCGAAAGACGCGGGAGUAGCAGCCAAUGGUACGAAAGAGGCGGCAGCAGUUGGGAAUGGCGCGGGUGCUGUGAGUGAGACUGGAGUGACUACGACGAUGGCUAGAGCAGGAGGAGUUAAAGGAGUAGUAUCAAAGAAAGUCUCUGGGAAGGGAGGGCAAGAGAUAGACGGAGGAGGACGACGACGAGUAUCUGCAUCGAGAGAGGAAGGGCACGGCAAACGGGUUGCAGGUGCGGUAGGAGGGGUAGGAGUAGGAGUAGGAGGAGGAGGCGGAGGAGGAGGAGGAGGAGGGAUAGGAGGAAGAAGUGUAUCAAAGACGGUGGGGGGUAAUAGUGCUAAUGCUGGAAGUCCCGGAAGCGGAUUGCAUACUGCGAGGAUCAAUAGUAAGGGGGCAGCUCAGGAGGGGAACUCUCAUUCUGGGGGGGUAGGAGGAGGAGGGGUAGGUAUAGUGAAGAAGCCUGUGUCAGAUGCGACCGGUAGUAGCGGGAGUGUGAAGAGAAUGGGCGAAGGUCGUGCAACGACGACGACCGAUGGUCGGGGAACGUCAACGACCGACGGUAGGGGAACGCCUACCGGUAGUCGAUCUAACGGCUCAUCAUCUUCGUCACCUUCUGUGGGAGAAGGGAGUGCGAGAAGCAGAACCGCCAGCGGAGGGACGAAACCCAGCGGCGUUGGUGCUCAUCAUGGUGCAGCGUGGGGUGGAGGAGGAGGAGGAGGAGGAGCGGGGGGCACGAAGAGAUUACACCCAUCAUCGCCAAAUAAAGCUUCUGCAGUUUCGUCGUCUGCUAGACGCGCUUCUUUUUCGGUGUCGUCAACAUCUUCUUUGGAUAAACAUUCGCACUCAACGGCAGCAAACUCGGCAUUGCGGAGGCGCUCUCUCCCCGCAGCCGGCGCGUCGUCGGGAGGAGGUAGUCAGGGAGGACAUCACGCUCGAUCUGCCGACGAAACUUCGCUAGACCUGCGGUCCCAGAAGAUACGGACUUUGAACUCUGAGCUGGUGAACUUGACACCGAAAGUUGAGUUUGUCUACUUGAGGGACAACAGGUUGCAUUCGUUUCAGGGAGCGGAAGUAUUUCUGCGAGUCAAGCUCAGCAGUCUCGUCACUUUGCCUGUCCUUCCUAAUCUUGAGUUUCUAUCUAUUUCCCAAAACGAGCUCACUUCAUUAGAGAUGCCCAGCCAGCCCAAGUUACAGGUUCUGGUGGCUAGCAAGAACAGAAUAAGGAGCCUUCUUGAUCUUCCUCACCUUCCUGUACUUGAGAAUCUACGUUUCGAGGAUAAUCCUGUUGCCGAGUCAGAGAAUGCUGGUUUGACUGCCAUGCUCUUGGUGGGAAAAAGUCUGAAGAAACUUAAUGGUCGUGAAAUAUCUCCAGAGGCGGAAGAUGAAGUGCUUGCAUAUCCUCCACACACAGCUAUAUGCCUAAGGAGUGGCUGGGAGAUGUGCGGGGUGGAACAAGCUUCAGAGUCCACAUGGAAGUUUUUGCAGGAGUGGUGGUCUCGAGGUUCUCCACCUGGCUUUUCCUUGAUUGGAGCAAAGGUUGAGCAGCCCGUUGAGGACGACCCUUGUACCUGCAACAUAGAGUACGAGGUGGAGCUGUCCAUAGCUGACAGCUUUAGCAUGAAGUACCGCUGGUAUGAAGGCCCGCGUAAUGGCUUGGACUUCACUUUGAUCGAAAAUGCAGAGGGCAAGGAGUAUUGGCCUCGGCAUGAAGAUGUGGGAAAGUGUUUGAAAAUUGAAUGUAUUCCGCAAAUCGGGGGCAAAGAAUAUCCCUCCUUCUUCGCUAUGACUCCUGAAGUUAAAGCAGGAAGUGGGUGCCCUAAGUUGCUAGAAAUAAAGGUGGAGGGUACUCCAAUGGAGGGCUGUACUGUAAAGGGUGUGGUGAAGAUUGCUUGGUGUGGAGGUGUUCCUGCAAAUGGCGUUAUCAGAUGGUGGCGAUGUCAGGAUAAUGAAUGCCCUGUUACCAUUCCUGGAGCAGAAGAAUCCGAGUAUACUUUGACGCUUGAGGAUGUUGCCCACCACGUAUGGUUCAUGUACACUCCUGUGACAAAGGCAGGUGUAAAGGGUGAAGGAAGACAUGCUGAGACAGAGGUGGUCAUUGCAGCGCCGCCGUCUGUCACGGAUGUUCAAGUGGUUGGGAGGAUGACACAGGGAUGCACCGUCAAAGGAGUGGGCAAAUAUACUGGAGGGGUGGAAGGUGAAAGUGAACUCCAAUGGCUGAGGGAAGAUAAAGAUACAGGCGUAUACAUCCUAGUGAAAAAGGGAUCAUCAGAGUAUCAGCUAUCGGAGGAGGAUGUUGGUGCCAAAAUAAUGUUCCAAUACACACCUGUCAAUUCAGAAGGUGUGAAAGGCGAGUGUCAAAGUGUUACUACACCAGUGGCAACAUUAGCACCACCAAGAGUGGUUGAACUGAAUGUCCUUGGAGAUGUGAGGGAAGGUAGCACUCUCUCAGUUACUGGCAAGUACGUUGGAGGAGACGAGGGUCCCAGCCGCAUCCAGUGGUUCAAGACGAAGCACAAGAGUGAAGAUAACAUGUACCUGGCUUCUGAACUAGAACCAAUCAGCAAUUCCAGAGUUGCUCGUGAGUUCUGCGUUCCACUGGAGGCGGUGGGUUAUUACCUAGUGGCCAAGUACACACCUUAUCGAGUAAAUGGUGAAGCAGGAGAACCGAUGUAUGUUACAUCACCUGGACCAGUUGAAAUGUUGCCUCCAUGCUUGACAUCCCUUUUUAUAAAGGGGACUUUUGUGGAGGGGGAAACAAUAACUGCAUCAUAUGGUUAUGUGGGUGGCUAUGAAGGGAGAAGCAAGUAUACUUGGAGCAUACACAAGGAAAAAUCAGAUCCAGGAAAGGUCGUCUGGAAUGCAAAUGACACGCAAUAUAAGUUGACAUUGGACGAUGUAGGGCAUUUCAUUUCAUUCCGAUGCACUCCUAGGAGAGAGGACGGGAUGGAGGGGGAGAGCAAAGUUGCAAUGAGCUUAGAGGUCGUUCAGGCAGCUGAUCCCACCAUAACUUCCUUGAGAGUCCGUGGAAAUGCUAUCGAAGGCGCUGAGCUGGUUGCAGAAAAGGAGUACUUCGGAGGGCAUGAAGGGGAUUCUGUUUACCAAUGGUUCAUGGUGGAUGCGAAUGGAAAAGAGGACGACGUAGAAGGCAAAACAGAGGAAACUUUCAGGCUCAGGAAGGAGCAUAUUGAUCAUUGGAUUGGUGCAAAGUGCACGCCAGUUAGGAAUGGUGACGGCGCUGAGGGACCGACGGUCAAGUCUGACACAAUUGGACCAAUUAAGCCUGCCUACCCAAGAUGUGAACACCUGAUGCUUGAAGGAGGUGCAGUGGAGGGAGAGAAGCUGACAUUCUUUGCCACAUAUUCUGGGGGGUAUGUAGCCUCUCCUUCGUUUUGAGGUCUCUCUCUUUCUCUGUGUGUGUGUGUGUGUGUGUGUGUGUGUGUG